AUGAAAAAAAAGUUACCUAGUUGGGAUGUUGUUCAUAAUUACAAUGUCUCUAGCAUGGGAAGGAUCUGGAUCCUUUAUAACAAGGAUAUAGUGUCAAUCAAUCCUUUGAUAAAGCAUAAUCAAUUCAUUCACUGUAGCUUGUCUAAUGGUGAUAUGAAGCUGAAUUGCACUGUGGUGUAUGGCUCUUAUGUCUCUGAGCAGAGAUUAGAGCUUUGGGAGAAGUUGAGGUUAAUUAGUGAAAAUAUGACUGAAAAAUGGGUUAUUAUGGGUGACUUUAAUGCUGUGAUGUCUAAUUCUGAUAGAAUUGGUGGUGUAGAUAUAGACAGUCAGGCUGGGUUAGACUUUAAAAAUUGGUCAGAUCAAGCAAAUGUGAUUGAGUUAAAACAUCAGGGGCAUGUGUUCACUUGGUUUAAUAACCAAAGAGGUGAUAAGAGAAUUUGGAGGAAGUUAGAUUGGUGCUUUGUGAAUGAGAUUUGGAUGGAAAAUUGGGUGGAUUCUUACUGCAGAGCUGAGAAUGCAGGUAUUUCAGAUCAUUGUCCACUUGUGGUUAACUUUGGUAAUAUAGUAAAUGACAGGAGAAGCAUUUUCAGAUUCUUUAACAUUUGGUGCAAUCAUCCUAGAUAUCAUGAGAUUGUCAGUAACUCUUGGAAUGUCAGAAGGAUGGGAUCUAAAAUGUUUCAAGUGUAUCAGAAGCUGAAGUUUCUCAGACAUGAGUUAAGGAGCCUAAAUAAAAGGGAUUUCAGUGGAAUCUCAGAGAGAGUCAAUCAAACUAGAGUGUUACUUAGUAAUCUUCAAGCUGAGUUGCUUAAGGAUCCCUUUAAUGAGAUUCUUCAUGAUGAGGAAAGAGCAAUCAGUAUUAAUCUUCAUAGGAUCAUGAGCUGGGAAGAAAGUAUCCUUAGACAAAAAGCUAGAGUAUUAUGGAUCAAGUUGGGUGAUCAUAAUACUAAGUUUUUCCAUAGAAGCUUGAUACAAAGGCAGUCUAGAAAGAAAAUCAUUUCUCUCAAGAUGCCUGAUGGUAAUUUCUGCACAGAUCCUGACAAAAUAAAAGAGAUGAUAGUUAAGCAUUUUGAGGACUUUAUUGGCUCUAAGAACUCUAAUAGAGUUCCUGCAUACAACACUCUAAUUGGAGAGGGCAUAGUUCUUGAUGAUAUAGAUAGAACUGCUCUGGAUAUGGAGGUGUCAGAUGAAGAGGUAAAGUCUGCUAUUUUCUCCAUUAACAAUGACAAGGCCCCAGGCCCUGAUGGGUUUAGUAGUGCUUUUUUUAAGCAUUCCUGGAGUAUAGUGGGAGAAGAAGUCAGUAAUGCUAUCCUUGAGUUCUUUUCUUCAGGAAAAAUGCUUAAGCAAGCAAACUCAACUAUCAUUACUUUGAUCCCCAAGGUAGACUGCCCUGAGACUAUUGGAGAAUAUAGACCCAUUGCCUGCUGUAAUGUCAUUUACAAGGGAAUCUCCAAGAUCAUAGCUAGAAGAAUCAAAAAAGUGCUUAAUAAAAUCAUAAAUCCUUGUCAAUCAGCUUUUGUCCCAGGUAGGAAUAUAGCUGAUAACAUUUUAUUGGCCCAUGAAGUGGUAAGGAACUACCAUAGAGGGAAAGGGAAUAACUGUGCUCUUAAAGUGGAUAUCCAGAAGGCUUAUGAUUCUCUUGAAUGGGAUUUCAUUGAAGAGGUUAUAAUUGGUUUCAGAUUUCCUGACAGAUUCAUUAAGCUAACCAUGGAAUGCAUUAGAUCUUCAAUGUUUUCUGUUAUGGUUAAUGGAGAAAUAACUGGUUUCUUCCCUGGAGGUAGGGGUCUCAGAUAA